AUGCAUGAUUGUUUGUCUUCCUCUGAGGGGAGUGUCGAUGAAACGGCAAGCCGAGUUUCAACAGAACAUCUGGCUUUCCUGGACAAAAAGAAUGAUAAUUCCAUCCAUCUUGAAAAAGAAGAGACAAGUAUGUCUAAGCUAUAUUCAGACCCAGAACAGCGACCUCCGGUGUUUAAGACGCCUAUUCAAGAAUACUUGUCCAUAUUUUUAUGUAUUUUUGGACCUGCAGCUGCAAGUAUGGCAUCAUCUGCGUAUCAAACACUUUUGCGUGCAACAAGUGUACAAUUUAAUGUUCAAGGUGGUCAACUUUCUUGGAGUGUUAGUAGUGUCAUGCUAGCUAACGGUGCUUGUUUGUUACUCAUGGGCGGGAUUGCAGAUGCAUUUGGUAGGAAAAAUGCCAUGAUAAUAGGGUUUACUAUGUAUGCUGUCUUUUCAUUAAUUGCUGGGUUUAUGAAUAAUUUUGUUUUGUUAUGUUUGUUCAGGGGGUUGCAGGGGGCUUCUGUUGCUUGUGCCACGCCUGCAUCUGCAGGAUUCUUAGGCUCAACUUAUAAAGAUUCAAGGCGUAAAAAUAUGGUUAUGAGUUGCUUCAGUAUAGGUGCACCAGUAGGUGGUGCUUCUGGAUUCUUCCUUGCAGGUAUUUGUGAAGUUGCGUUGAACUGGAGAUCCACCCAAUAUUUCUUAUCAAUCCUUUUUGCAGUUUUGGCUAUAUCGGUGUUCUUCAUAUUACCAAAUGAUAAGAAAAUCAACUGGCAACAUAGCAAGCAAGUAUUCAGGAAAAUGGAUUAUUUGGGUGCUUUGCUAUCCUUAGCUUCAUUUACGCUUAUUUGCUUUUCAUUGACUGACGUUGAUAAUGCAGAGAAAAGAUGGAGAACACCAUACAUCAUUGCAUUGCUGAUUGUUGGGGUCGCUUUGAUUCCUGUGUUUGUAUUAUAUGAAUUAUACAUUCCUAAGGAGCCGCUAAUGCCGAUGCAAUUAUUUAGAAGCAGAAAUUUCUGUUUGUGUAUGUGUAUUGCAGGAUUAUGUUGGAUGGUUUUCUUUGGAUUCCUAAAUUACAAUGCAAUGUUAUAUUUUGAGAAUAUUAAAGGUUAUUCUCCAAUAAUUGUUGCGUGCUGUUUCUUAACACAACCAAUCUCUGGAAUCUUGGUCAACUUAUUUGCUGGGUUCACUAUGCAUUUGAUCCCUGGAAGAAUUUUCAUGGCAGUUGGGACAUUGGGGUACCUUGGUUCUUGCAUAAUUUGGUCAACCAUUACUGUUGAUAGAGACUAUUUUUUAGGUCCGUUUUUCGCUUUCAUAUUGACAGUUGUUGGGGCAGAUCUAAUUUAUAAUAUAUCUAAUAGAGUUACACUAUCAUCUUUAGAAAAACACUUACAAAGUCGUGGUGCAGGCACCUUCAACACGUUGCUUCAAUUGGGCUCGGCCAUUGCUCUUGGUUUCAACUCCACUAUCAUCUCAUCCAAAUACGCCGCUUAUGGAACCCCUCAACAGAACGAUGACCCCCAAGGAUUACUAGAUGGAAUUAAAUAUUGUUGGUACGUCGGCAUUUCAUUUGCAGGUGCAGCUUUUAUAAUUAGUCUGUUUCUAAAAGUUGGAGUGAUAGGUAAAAGCGAAAAUAAAGAGGAGCUCGUCGAAGAUGAACAAUAA